UUGACUUUCCUUCAGAAGUGGCCGUAAUUUAGCCAACAAGUAUAUAUACUGUAUGAAGGAAAAUGCUGCAAGAUGUGCCAUUUGGCAAACUUGUAAACAUGGUGUUGAGCUACAAGUUAAAUAUUUUGUUGACUUUUUGUUAGAAUAUUGUUAUAAAUUGGUACAGUUGAACUAUAAUAUCUGUAAAAAAUGAUUUUUCUUUGUUUCAUUAAUUAGUCAAAGAAACGUUCAAUUAUUUUAGUUUUUAAUGUGUUACUCAUUCGGCUGAAUUUCAUUUUAUAUUCUUUUCUCCCUCCACAAAGUCAAUUACAAUUGAGCCGACCAACAACAUAUUUGAAAUUACAAUUGAUAUGUACAUAUCAAUUGUUAAUAAUAAUCACAUGAUAUAUCAUGUACAAAUGAUACAAUUAUUAUAUCAAUAAAAUCAUCUUCAACUCCAUUUAGCUAGUUAUCAAUUACCAAAGUUGCCAGCAAAAUGAGUCCAAAAAAUUCAUUUUACACCAAAAUUAAUAAUUUCAAAAUUCAUGUCAACAUCAAAACCGCCUCUCCAAUUUUUAUUUUAUAUAUAUUUUUUCUUAGUUUAAAUACUUCAUCUAUAUUCCAAAUUUCCAACAACAAACAUCUCCAUUAUUUCCUCCUAAAAAAUGACAAGAAAUACAUUGAUCCCAAACAGCCCUCUAACAUCCAUCAAAACCUCGGACGGCACGAAAGAACCGGACAUGUACCUACCGAUCGCUAACGUGAGCCGGAUUAUGAAGAAAUCCCUUCCGGCGAACGCCAAAAUCUCCAAAGAGGCGAAGGAAACCGUCCAAGAAUGCGUGUCGGAGUUCAUAAGCUUCGUCACGGGAGAGGCGUCGGAGAAAUGCCAGAGGGAGAAGAGGAAGACGGUCAACGGCGACGACCUCUUGUGGGCCAUGACUACUCUCGGGUUCCAGAAUUAUGUCGGAAUCUUGAAAGCUUAUCUCGCCAAAAACGACAUCGUAUUGGCUAGAAAUAUUGAUGAAGAUGAUGGCCCUUCUUCUUCUCCUCAUAUUAAUGAUGAUGGUGCAAAGAUUAAUACUAAUUAUUUGCAUGGUUUUAAUGGUGGAGUUGAGUGGUAGAUUUACAUUUAUUUAAGAUGAAUAAAUUAAAUGAUAUUAGUAAUAUAUAUAUAUAUAAUUUAAAGAAAAAAAAGAAGUGUAUGAUGUCGGUAAACGAGACAUCUAGUGAUGUACGUAUUUUAUCAAUUCGAGCAUCGACUGCAUUUGCUUUUGAAUUACCUCGUUUGUAUUACAAUAUACUUUUUUUUUAUUAAUCUUGUUAAUGAUGUUAAUUUUAA